ACUUUGUACAUUCCUUUAGGGUUCAAAAAUCAAAUUUUAGAUUUUGAUCAUAUAUGUUUGUGUUUUAUUCAUAUGCAAUAUGACAUUUUUAUCAUAUUGUAAAGUACUUAGAUCAAAGCAAGACCAUUGUUCAAUCCGCUCCCUUAGUUUUGUCAGAAGGCGCCCCGCAGUGGUCAACUGAAUUCAGCAACACAGUCGCGGGCGCCAAACUCCAGCCGCCUGGGUAGGAGACACAUGACAGGCCUGCUAGCUAACCACUGCAACUAGAGGUGCUGGAAUCAUGUUCGUUGCUCGCAGCAUCGCCGCUGACCAUAAAGAUUUGAUUCACGAUGUUUCGUAUGAUUUUCACGGCCGGAGAAUGGCAACGUGUUCCAGCGACCAAAGUGUCAAGGUGUGGGACAAAAGUGAGAAUGGAGAGUGGCAAUGCACAGCCAGCUGGAAGACACACAGUGGAUCGGUGUGGAGGGUAACCUGGGCUCAUCCAGAAUUUGGCCAAGUUCUGGCCUCCUGCUCAUUUGACAGAACAGCCGCUGUCUGGGAGGAGAUUGUCGGGGAGUCCAACGACAAGCAGAGAGGACUGAGCCACUGGAUAAAGAGAACCACGCUUGUGGAUAGUAGAACAUCAGUGACAGAUGUGAAGUUCGCUCCUAAACACAUGGGUCUGAUGUUGGCCACCUGCUCUGCGGACGGAGUGGUGAGGAUCUAUGAGGCUCCCGAUGUAAUGAACCUGAGCCAGUGGUCCCUGCAGCACGAGAUCUCAUGCAAGCUUAGCUGCAGCUGCAUUUCGUGGAACCCCUCAAGUUCCCGAGCCCACCCCCCCAUGUUUGCUGUUGGCAGCGAUGACGGCAACGUGGCAUAUGGCGGGAAGGUUCAGAUCUAUGAAUAUAAUGAAAACACGCGGAAAUACAGUAAAGCGGAAACGCUGAUGACAGUCACUGAUGCGGUCCAUGACAUUGCUUUUGCCCCGAACCUUGGGAGAUCGUUCCAUGUACUCGCCAUUGCAACAAAAGAUGUCCGAAUAUUUAAGCUUGUUCCUUUGAGAAAGGAGAGCACCGCUACAGGACCCACCAAGUUUGAGGUGCAGAUUGUGGCUCAGUUCGACAACCAUAACUCCCAAGUGUGGCGUGUGAGCUGGAACAUUACCAGCACCCUGCUGGCUUCCUCCGGGGAUGAUGGCUGUGUCCGUUUGUGGAAAGCUAACUACAUGGAGAACUGGAAGUGCACAGGCAUCCUGAAGGGAGACGGCAGCCCGCUGACAGGCUCAUCUGGUCAGCCCACAGCCAUGAGCGUGGUGGUGGGCUCCUCUGUUCAGAACUCUCAGAACAUCCUGAAUGGGAUGUCAGCAGGAAGGUAUUUCUUUCCACCUCUGGAUCCUCCCAGAGGGGGGACCAGGCAUGGUCACCUGCUGCCUCCUUCGUCCCUCAUAGAGCACUGUGAUGCUGAGCCCGUUGUUCAACCUCAGCAACUGGCUCUUGCUCACAGACACUCCUCUAGGGCGCUGCUAUCUUUGCCAGAAACUGAAGAGCAAUGAUAUGAGUUAUGAGGGUUUUUAUUUUAUUUCCCUUUUAGUGUGUAUGUUUAUUCGAAAAUGCAAUGCUGGAAUGUAAUCUUUGUGUCAUCCUCUUGUAAUAAAGGUUUUUCUAAAGUAAA